GGCGACGGUCCGCACCGGAAAGAUACUACCUACUUGGUGGGCAUUGGGGGAACCUGCCGUAUCCGGGCUUCUCUGGGUCCUUUUUUUCUUUCAUCGUCUUCGAUCGUGCUGGCCGCUCUCUUUGCCUGUUUGGGGCUUUUCAAAGCUUGAAUUCUGCUGUUUCCUCUUCAGACGAACCCGCCCUUCAGCCCUAAUUAUUCCGCAAGCUCUUUGCAUUGCAUCCUCAGAAUAACGGAGGGUCUCCGAAGGAUGGUCUGGUCCUUUACUAAGGUCCCUAUUCUCGAGUUUUCUCCUCCACUUUCACCCGAAGCAAGUCACUCUCGCUCCUCAUUUUUGUGGUUGCCAUGGAGUCGAGCGCUCUUCUCCAGUCGGCCGUUGCGUGGCACCGUGACUUCGAGGACCGACCACCCGACGCUCACCUCUGCUGCCCCAAGGUGAACCACGAUGACUUUGCCAAUUACGAUGAGCCAGACGUUCCCGAUGAAGACGGAUUAUCGGUCGAGGAGAAGAAACGCCGAAUCGAGGAAUACGAGGCCCGGUUCCAGAACGUCUACAACCUCAGCAUCAUGAUGGGCCUCGGGAGGGAGGUGGCCGGGGAAUGGCUGGAUAACUGGACACAGGCCGUGGACGAAUGUCUCAGAGGAUGCGAUUCGUGUGUUAAGAAUUGGCAUCGCAAUCGUGACCCCUACCUCAACGGCCUGCACCUCGCUCCGGAGAAGGUCGAUUAUAUGCGGAAGAUGCUCAGUGACUUUGACAAGCAACGCAUAGACAAGGGCCUUCGGAAAGCGAGGCAACUCCUCGAGGUCCACGGCCCUAUGUCGUCAGCUAAACUGGCCGACCUUGACAUGUCGGCUGUCUUGGCUCUCUUCGAGGCUCUUUGCAGCAUCGACUAUCUUAGCCGCCCCGAGGGCCUCGAUGACUUCAACUACGUUUUCGAGAAGACGCAACAAAAAAAGCCACUGCGAAUGCAAGGGGGCCUCAUCCCCUCCAUGACCUAUUUUCUUUUCGACGAAUCCUCGGAUUCCUAUAGGCAAAAGUUCGCAGAAUGCGCUUGGGAAAAGCGGCCACCUGGUUCUCUCACGGACCAGGAGUGGGACUGGGCCAUCUGCCCGUAUUUGUCCUCCGCGAUAUUGAAGGUAUCCCUGUCCAGAGGAAUGCCCAGUCCGGACAGGAUAUGCAAGUUUUGGCGAGCCUUCUCCUUCGUCCUUCAGUCCUUGAGCGAGAAGCAAAUCAUCAAUUCCCUUCGGGCAAUGGAGGUGACGCCGAGCGUCUACUUUCUCGCCCUCGAACACCUGGUUACCGACUCUGAGGAGGCCCUGGCCGUGGUUCUCAAGGCUCUUCGCGCACUCAUGGAAAAAUCCGCAACCGCGUUUUGGGGUGCUUUUGAUCAGGUCCCUCCCAACCAGUUCAUUGAGGAGAUCUUUAAAAGCCCGGCCUUUCGCCGCUUCUUGAACAAAUCCCUGACUCCGGACAUGAUGGUCACCGAAGAGGAUGGUCAAAUGCCGGCUUUGGCCGCUUGGAUGAAGGCAUAUAUUCGCUCUUUGCCCUCCAUGCACCGCUCGGAUGUGUGCGAAUCGCUUCUGCGACAUCUUUUCGACACCUUCCGCCGCGAUCCCACCGCCGACCGACCCACUCAAACGACCUGCACUCUAGCAGGAUUGGUUGCCCUCAACGAGUCGCUCUGUGGCUACCUGUAUCAAAAGGACCCAUUCGACACGGGCACUGCGCUCAUCAUGGUCAACCAGUUACUCAACCGAGUGGUACAGUACAGUGAUGUGAUCAUCACAGCCGCCGGUCUCAAACCUGGAGACACUCUCAAUAUCGGCAUUUCUCAAGCCGCCACGGGCAUUAUCCACUCUGCGCUUGCACUUGACUCCAGGGCGACCGAGAUCGAGUGUAGGGCUUUGAUCGAAGGAAAACCGGUCCAAGAUGCCGUCAACCGGGACUCGGGAGCACUCUGGGAGUCCUUCUUAGAGAUGCUCUGGUAUGGACAGCCCGGGCACCUCGAGCUAGCGAAGGCCAUGCUCAUGGCGACCUUGCCCUUGAGAAACAUUGAAUGCUUCAUCCCCAAGCGCAAAGAGCAACUCAAGCCGAGCCAGCAAAGAUUCAAUCAGAGGUAUCAGCAGCAGACAGCCGCGAUAGGGAGGAUGCUCGGCCGCCUGUCCGAUUUCAAGCAGGCCGACCUGGACAAGCUUUGCUCAGAGCCGCAGAGGUCGGCCAUCCGUCCCAUAAUGUCGUCGCUGAUCCACGGCGAAGAUACCAUCCGCGAAGCUGGGUUUGAACUGCUAAAGGCCAUUACGGAUGAGAGCCUUCCAUCGGAGGCAGUGGGCAAGAUGCUAGAUAAUUAUUUCACCUCCUUCUUGAAUGCCUUCUCGGAGGCAGCAAACAGUCUCACCGCCAAGAGGGAUCUUAGUAGCCCCUGGAGCCAUAUGCUGCCGACCCUGAAGUGCAGCGAGUUUGUCCUGAACGGCCUCUGUGACCCUUCUUCGGGUCAGCUGAGGCGUAAGGUGCUCACGAACGAGGAGCGCGUUGCUGUCAAGCGGUGGUGGGAGUGCGUGUGGCGUAUCGUGGACCAUUCAUUCGGGAUGAUGAGGAUGUGGCACGAAAAGGUCGACAAGAAGAUAAUGGAGGACUUCUGUCGAGACGUCAUGGAACUGGGCAACAAGCUGUUCGCCCAAGACGGAGUCAUGGCUUCAGCUUUGAGCCAACAUAGCGUCGACGAUAUCGCAAGAACCAACGGAGAUGCGACAGCAGAGGCGAUGAGGGGGGUUCUAGAGCCGCCUCUGCGAGCUUCGCUUUCCCUAACCGACAUGCUGCAGCUCAGGGAUAAGUACCUGAUCAUGGGCAUUAUCGAGAUGAUCAAGAAGCUCCUUGCAAGAUUGAACCAGAACGGCAUGGUUCUCCCCAACAGAACUAUAAUGCACCUCGACAGCAUGCUCAAAAAGAGGAAGCUUAAUGAUGGAAGGAUAGAUUAUGCUCAGAAAACGAAUCUGACCAACGAGCAGAAGAUUGAGCUGCUCAAGGCGCUUGGGGAGGAUGCAGUGAUUGAAGAACAGUUUAUGGGCACCAAAUCCGGAGAGAAGGAAGCCAACGAGCGGUCGAUGAAGCAAAGCAAGAUUGAUUUCUCCAAGAUGGGCUUGAGCCUAUCAUCCGGGAAUGUCAAAGAUCAACUUGCCGCCAUAACCCCCAACUUUGAGAGACGCGGUUCGGCGUUGAUGGCAAAACUGAAAGAGGAGGUUCCGAAGCCUAAGCAGCCAACCAAACUAGAUCAGAAGGCUAUCUUGGCCAACCAGCAAUCCAUCAAAGAAGCUAGGGCUAGGGAGAAGGCGGAGAAGGCAAAGCGAGAUGCCGAGGCCAUCGCCAGAGCGAAGGCUUUGCGAGCUCCGCCCAAGACUGUCCCCGGAGAAGGCUCCGGUCUCCAGGGUAUCGCCGCUGUCCGGGGCAAGGAUCACGCGCCGGUCGUCAAGGACGAGAUCAUGGUUGGUUCGUCCUCGGAAGAGGAAGACGACUCCGAGGACGAAGAGAUUGCUCUCAAAGCGAAGGCCGGGAACAAGAAUCUUGGCGAGGCAGAACGCCGCCGGAUGCUCAUGCUGGCCGAAAAGAGGGGUCCUGUGAAGAAGGUCAAGCUUCAGAGGUCUGCCAAGGACAUGCGGGCGCGCUUGAUUCCGCCCAUGGACGUCCUACACCAGGCAAUUCUGGAGUGGGACAUUUUCCACGAGGGCAAUGACCCUCCCAACGGUUACCGGUGCGACCGCGUCUCCGACACCUACCCGGACCCUAUUAGUUACAAGCAAACCUUCUUUCCCCUGCUCAUCAACGAGGCCUGGCGUUCAUUUGUCACUGCCAAGGACGAGGCCACGUCCAAACCGUUUGGCAUCAAGGUGCUCAGCCGCAUGACGGUCGACAAGUUUAUGGAGGUUACUGCCUCCGUGCCCGCACAAGUCAGUAAGGACAGGGGUCUAUCUGAGGGAGACAUUGUUAUUAUCUCGCAAGGGCAUGAUCCGCUCAAUCAGCCGCAAGAGCUGCACUGUCUCUCACGUAUCUGGAAGACAACCUACAAAAAGGAUACCGUUGAAGUCGUCUACCGUCUGAACGCCAAAGGAAACCAGAUCUUGCCCGCCCUCCUUCCUGGUUCUGAGUUCAACGUCGUCAAGAUCACAAACAUGACGACCAUCGAACGCGAGUACGCCGCGUUGGAGAGCCUACAGUACUACGACCUCAUGGACGAAGUCCUGAAAGCGCAGCCGUCGCCGAUGCUGACCUUUGGCGACGAGGCGGUCAGGGGGGUCAUGGAGAACUACCAACUUAAUCCUGGCCAAGCGCGUGCGAUCCUGAAUGCCAAAGAGAACGACGGGUUUACAUUGAUUCAGGGGCCGCCGGGAACCGGCAAGACCAAAACCAUUGUUGCUAUGGUUGGCUGCCUCCUGACGGGGGUCCUGAAAUCGUCUUCAAAUGCGGUGCCCCUCUCUAGGCCUGGUGCCGCGUCCGCUAAUCAAGCGCCUUCGAAGAAGCUGCUCGUCUGCGCUCCCAGCAAUGCUGCGGUGGACGAAUUGGUGCUGCGUUUGAAAGCUGGUGUCAAAACGAUGAACGGGACGUUUCAUAAGAUCGAGGUCUUGCGUCUGGGUCGCAGCGACGCGAUUAACGCUGCGGUCAAAGAUGUGACACUUGACGAGCUCGUCAAGGCCCGGUUGGACAGCGAAAUCAAUAACAGCGGCCCCAGCGACCGCGAGAAACUGCACCAGGAGGCCGGCCAGCUCAAAGAGAAGAUCGCCGAGCUGCGGCCUCAGCUCGAGGCAGCUCGGGCAAGCGAUAACCGCGCGUUCACCAUGAAGUUGCAGCGCGAGUUCGACGAGCUGAAACGACGUCAGGCCCAUAUCGGCGCCCAGAUUGACGCCAACAAGAAUGACGGAAACACGUUUGCGCGCGAGGUCGAGAUCAAGCGCCGACAAAUCCAGCAAGAGAUUCUCGACAAGGCCCAGGUUCUUUGCGCCACCCUGAGCGGCAGCGGUCACGAGAUGUUCAAGAAUCUCAAUGUCGAGUUUGAGACAGUCAUCAUUGAUGAGGCGGCGCAGUGCGUGGAGCUGAGUGCCCUCAUCCCGCUCAAAUACGGCUGUUCCAAGUGCAUCCUGGUCGGUGAUCCGAAGCAGCUGCCCCCGACAGUGCUCUCGCAAUCUGCUGCGAGGUACGGUUACGACCAGAGUUUGUUUGUGCGGAUGCAGAAGAAUCAUGCCAAGGACGUCCACCUGCUCGACAUGCAAUACCGCAUGCACCCAGAAAUCAGUAGGUUUCCAAGCCAAGAAUUUUACGAGGGCCUGUUACAAGACGGCGCCGAUAUGGGACGGCUCCGUCUGCAACCCUGGCAUGAGAGCGAACUUCUUGGGCCUUACCGAUUCUUCGAUGUUAAGGGCUCGCAGUCACGCGGCCCCAAGAAUCAGUCGCUGGUGAACGAGGAGGAGCUCAAGGUUGCCAUGCAGCUUUACCGUCGUUUCCGUACCGACUACGGCAAAGUUGAGCUGAAGGGCAAGAUUGGCAUCAUUACUCCCUAUAAGGCCCAGUUGCUCCGACUCCGGCAGCGGUUCACGGAGAAAUAUGGCGAAGGGAUUACCGAGGAGAUCGAGUUCAACACCACGGACGCGUUCCAGGGUCGCGAGUGCGAAAUCAUCAUCUUCUCCUGUGUCCGAGCCAGUCCGACAGGCGGCAUCGGUUUCAUGACGGAUAUUCGCCGUAUGAACGUCGGCCUGACCCGCGCCAAGUCGUCUCUAUGGAUCUUGGGUGACUCUCGUGCGCUGGUGCAAGGCGAGUUUUGGAGCAAACUCAUCGAGGAUGCGAAGCGGCGCGACCGCUACACCAGCGGUAACAUCUUGGCGCUACUCGACCGACCGGGCAAAAAGGUACCGCUACCAACAUUUGCUGGGUCAGUCUCUGAACAGCCCCGGCUCCAGGAUGGCAUGGCAUUGGACGAUGUCGCCAUGACAGACGCGCCAGAGACUCCGCCGCAGAGACCUUCGGGGAGCAGUACUCCGGCGCCGCUGGGCCCCGGGCCAGCAAAGCCGCAGGUCCAGGAAGAACCCCAGGCUCCUCCAACACUACCAUAUCGUGGUGCAGGCAUCGGUGGCCUCAAUGAGAAGGGAGAGGUCACGUCAAUGCUGCCGAGGGGCGGAGACGCCCCCGUCAUCCAGUCGACCACCGGGUCAGCGGGGAAGAAGCGGGCGCGGGAGGAAAACGAUGACGGCCGUCCGAGCACGAAGAAGAUGAAUCCCAGCUCAGACCAAGGCCCUGUGAAGAUUCCGACAGGCCCGAGUAGGCAGAAACAACCGAAACCUCCAGUUGAUCCUUCAGCAAUGGAAGUGCUGGGUUUGGUUCCGCCGGAGCGGCCACCUGCUCAGCCAUCGCGACCCGCUCAACCGCAAGUCAGGCUGCCCGCUGGCCCUCGGCCGCCCAAUCCAGGUUCUAAUGCGCCAAAGGGCCCACCAAAGAAGCCGGGUGCAGACCCGUUCAUCAGACGAAAGCCAGGCAAACGUUGACGACGGUAGUUGUACCGCCAAUCUUCGGUAGCUUUGAACUUCUUUUUUUUCCUUCUAUUCUUUUCUUUGUUUUAUUUCUAGGUCGACCACCAGGUUUCCUACGCGGGCUGUUUUUCCUCUUUUGGA